GCCAAUCACUUAACGCGAACGUUUAACGUAAACGGUAGUGUGUUUUGUUUCUAUAUUGCUUUUAGACAUUCUUAGGUCUUUUUGAAAGGACGCUGUAAAUAAUGGCGAUAUAAUUUCCAGAUGUGUAGAUUGCCUGUGUAGUGUUCGUAGCCAUUUGUCUUCUGAGAUUUCAAAAUGACGGUGACUUAUACAGCAGAGGUAGCCACCAGUCACUUUGGCACCUUCUGGAGGCUCCUUCUCAGGUGGAAAGGCAGUGUGUAUAAACUGCUGUGGGUAGAAUUGCUGAUAUUUGUUGUGGCAUACUUCACAAUCAGCUUUAUCUACAGGUUUGCUCUUCCCGAAAAUCAUAAAAGAACCUUUGAAAGAAUCUCCAUAUACUGUGAACUGUACAACAACUUAAUACCAAUGGCAUUUGUGCUGGGUUUCUACGUGUCAAUAGUUGUUACCCGUUGGUGGGAGGAAUUCAUGUCCAUCCCAUGGCCUGACAAGAUGGCCCUUUACGUUACUGCAAACAUACAUGGUCAUGAUGAUAGAGGGCGUCUCAUAAGGAGGACCAUAAUGCGUUACAUUUGCCUCUCUUUUGUUAUGACUGCUAGAGCUAUUAGUACAGCAGUAAAGAAAAGGUUCCCGACUGAUGAUCAUUUAACAGAAGCAGGUUUACAAACAGAAAACGAACAGAAAAUUAUAGAGGGUGUGAAAACUAACAAUAGUAAGUAUUUUGUGCCACUGGUAUGGACCACCAGCAUCAUUUCUAGAGCAAGAAAAGAGGGAAGAAUUAGGGAUGAUUUUGCCAUGAAGACCCUAGUGGAGGAGUUAAAUUUUGUAAGAGGGCAGCUUGGAGGGUUGUUAAACUAUGACUGGAUAAAUGUUCCUCUGAUUUAUACACAGGUUGUGACUAUGGCUGUAUACACUUUCUUCCUUUCCUGUCUCAUGGGGAGACAGUUCCUGGAUCCACAGCAGGGUUAUGAUAACCAUCAGAUUGACUUCUAUAUCCCCAUAUUCACCAUCUUGCAGUUUAUCUUUUAUAUGGGAUGGUUAAAGGUUGCUGAAAGUCUUUUAAAUCCAUUUGGGGAAGAUGAUGAUGACUUUGAAAUGAACUGGCUUAUUGACAGAAAUCUGCAGGUUGCAUAUCUGAUUGUUGAUGAAAUGCAUUCAGAACAUCCAGACCUAAUUAAAGAUCAGUUUUGGGAUGAAGCAGACUUCACUUUACCAUACAAUGCUGCCUCAGAGCAGUUUAAAGUAACAGACCCCCACGUAGGAUCUGCUGCCGACAUAGAGGUGCCAGAGCAUGCUUCAGAGUUUGUACCUCUGGCUUCCAUACCAGAGGAACCUGUCCAUGCCAUCAGCACACCUCAGGAUGUACCCAGGGAAUCAACGGCUGUAAGAUUCAACAAUCUGUCUUCUAGAAAACGAAGACAUAGGCUGAAUCUGAAGAAUUCAGAAAUACUUGAUAGGCACAGUCCCCGUUCUAUGACAAGUCAGCAAGAAGAAGACAUAUUUAUGAUGUCCGACCUCUCUGUGGAAAAGGCUGGUGUUGUGGAUCAAGACCAAGAAGCAGAAGCCAUAUUUGGCGGGAAUCCAAGUGAGCGCACUCUCACUUCUGACAGUGUGCAAAAUGUGUCUGAGUGCAAGACCUGAAAGCAAUUGGUACAUAAACAAGGCGAUGUGAAAUUAUUAGCAAUUAGACAACGACUCUGCUCCCUCUCGUCUUUUUAUACGUGUAAGAGCUUUAUAUGAAAGUGAAAAUCAAAGACGUGCCUGUUAUUUUUGCAAAUUUUGGUUUUUGUUUAGUGAAGCAUAUAAUUUAGAAGUGCCAGAAAAUUUUGCCGACACCUGGUCAGUUUAACCAGUGACAAUUACAUGUACUGGCCAAGGCAAAAAAGUUUUAUAUUUAGUAUUUUUAUUCAUUAUACUGCUGGCUUAUACUUCAGUUAAAACUUUUGCAUUCGUUAAUGAUGAUAUGGUAUUGGCAAUUAGUAUAGGUAAAGAAAUGCCGCUGUUUGGUACACACAUUCAAAAACGGGUAUCUUUUGCUUGUUUGGUCAGAUGUGUGCACAUGGUGCUUUUCUCAGCACAAGAGAACAUAUUUUAAUGUUGUUGAUAUUUCUUUUCUUGUUUUAAUGUGUGUCAUAAGUUCUGGUCAUUAUGCUUUGUAAUAGUUAAAACCUGGAUUAUUGCAAUGUUAUAAGCAAGCAUAUAUGCUUUUGAUGAUUUUUGUAUCAUGUGUGUUUAUAUGUGUUUAGUGUACCCAUUUUAUUUAUUCUUUUGUUUGAUGUCAAUUAGAAAACCUUCAGGUUGAUGCACACCAAGAAAUAACUGAAUUUUGCGUAUGUUUUAAAAACAUACUGUCUAUUUAUAAGGCAUCUUUUAAAUCUUAUUGCAGAUAUAAGGGAUCAAGCUAAAACUUGAUCUACAAGGUAUGUAAAUGUAGUUAGUAAAUUAAUAGUUUAGACAUCUAUGCAGCUGGUUUCCAUCUUUCACAUGUAUACCACACUGUUUGAGGUUCAUUUUCAAUACUUAAUUAUGAAGGGACUGAAGAGUUCAAUCAGAACUUUGAUUGGAAGGAGACUUUUCAAAAAAUUAAUCAGUUAAAAAUAGUGUCAUUUAUUAUAAAUGUGGUUAUGAAAAUAUGACAUUUUUACCAUUUUAAUUGUGAAAUGAUGUGGUGAUAGGGAGAUUUCGCAGAUGAAGAAGAACAAAAAAGAAGCCCAAAAAGCCUAGUAAUUACUUUUUAGAGCUAUUUUGCUUGCUUAACAAAAUACACCCAUGAAAACAUUAGGAUUCCUAAAGUGUUAAAAGGUGCUCAGUUGACUACGUAAUUUCUACCCUUUCACUGGAAAUAAGCAGUCAGUAAGGCAUUCAAAUGAAUAAAUAUAUCUUCACUUUCCAAAAAAUUUCAAACAAUAAGUAUUUAAACAUUGGUUUGUGAAACCUCCCUGUUGCUAAGUUUUUAUACAAAAAGAAAACCUGUUCACUUUCCAAACAACCAAUGCCCUCAUAAGGGUAAAAGGGUUCUUUCUAAGACCCCAUUCCCAUAGAUUUUAGAUCGAUCUAUCCCUGUGGGGAGUCUCACUAGAUUACUGUCAG